AAAUUAGCUCGGAUCGAUCUUUGAGGAAUUUCUUUUUGAUCCCUUCAAUAUUUCGGUCUCUACACAAGCUGCUACCCCUGCUAGCAUUCCCCUAGAUCUAGAUAUUGUGUUUGGCGUGUUGGGUUCUACGCUUGGAUAGUGCAACAGAAUUAUAAAAACUUUUAUUGUCCAAACGUAGAUCCACCCAGGACCUCUUAUGAUUAUUAUAAGUUAUUGUUGAGAAAUAUACCUUUCUUGGCGAGCAAGCAACAAUAUGUGCAGGAAUGUACUUGUAACACCCCAAUCCGUAUAACCCGGAAUUACACGAGUUAAGGUGAAACGAGAGUUAAAUAAAAAUUUCGCUUGACAUUUGAAAAUGAAAAUUUAUUAUAAAUUUUAAAUUUACAGACUCUCGAUCGCGACCCAUUUAAAAAUAUUUUUAGAGUAAUGCGGAAGUUCAAUAAUAAUCAAAUCAUGACACAUUUAAAUCUUGAUGAUCAAACAUUUUCCUGCCAUCCUUGCAUCUCCUCUGACUCAAUGCCCUCCGGGAGUGGUUUCAUCAUUGUCUUCUUGUUACCUACGUGUAGUCAACGAAAAAUACAAACUACACGCUCAGCGAAACCGCUGAGUGGUACCACGCUAGAAUUGUAGAAUAAUUUGCAGACAUAUACAUAUACAUAUACAUACAUACAUACAUAUAUAUAUAUAUAUAUAUAUAUAUAUAUAUAUAUAUGUCCACAAAAUAUAUAAUAAUAUUUAUGAUAUGGCACGUUAUAUCAUAUGGUCAAUUUAAUGGUUCAUAAUGAUAAACAUUUAAUGAUAAUUACAUGAUGACACAUUUAAUCAAUUUGCUAGUGAGGAUGAUUACAUGACACCUAUGUAAUCAAUAUAAUUGUUCUUGAUGAUGAUUAAUGAAACCUAUGUAAUGAAUAUAAUUGUUCUUGAUGAUGAUUACAUGACACCUAUGUAAUCAAUGUAAUUGUACUUGAUGAUGAUAACAUGAUGCAUGAACCUAUAACCUGCAAGGACGACCCUUGUGCUAUGAGAUUCGCCCAGAUGUACGACGAACUCACGCCACCUUAGUCUCACGAAUGAGGUGAGACUUGAAAAAUGUGGGUGGUACUCGGAAGCCUGAAUACCAUGUACGUACACUGAGCCCGAACUUGUGAUGUCGGACUACUAAGUCCAGCACAAUCACGUUGCAAGAGACACACUAGGCAUGAUCUCUUACGCAUGCAUAUGAUGAGAUAUGCUACAAUAUAUAUGAUGAUAUGAAUGAUAUCAUAUGAACAAUUUGUAAACAAUAUGAAUAUAUAAUCAUGCAUUAGUUUCUUUGGAUGGAACAUGAUUAAAAUAUCAUUUAAUUAAACCACUGGGCUCGGAACGGUCGACCGUUUGGCACGGCGGUCGACCGUGCUUUGAUUCAAUUCGUCGGAUUCUGGAGUACCGUGACGGUCAACCGCGGUUGACUGGUGGUAGACCGUUGUUGACUGACUAGAAAAGCGGUUCUUAGCCGGGCGGGCGGCGGUCGACCGUCAGCCACCGGCGGUCGACCAUCUGGCUGACAGUCGUGGUUCGUUUCGAAGUUUUAACACGACACGGUCGACCGUUUGGGUCUGCGAGUCUUACUCUUGAUAUUUUGAGUGUCCAAAAUACUUCUUUAAGUCUUUUAAACACCUUUGAUUAACAUAUAUAUAUAUAUAUAUAUAUAUAUAUAUGAUCACAGGAGCGUCCGAGAAGAUCAAGUUCUGUCGAGCUCUGUUUAGAGCAGAGCUUCAGGGGGAAAGGAAAAUCAAAGAUGGAGACACCAGCAGCUCAGAGAGUGUUGUCAACAAAAGAGGCCGACAUUCGAAUGAUGUUGGCAGCUGAUGUCCAUCUCGGCACCAAAAACUGUGAUUUUCAGAUGGAGCGUUACCUCUUCAAACGCCGGAAAGACGGAAUUCACAUAAUUAACAUCUCGAAGACCUGGGAAAAACUUUAUCUUGCGGCAAGGGUCAUUGUUGCUGUUCAGAAUCCUAAGGACAUUAUUGUCCAAUCUGCAAGGUCUUAUGGUCAGAGAGCUGUUUUGAAGUUUGCUCAAUAUACUGGAGCUCAAACAAUUGCUGGGCGUCACACUCCAGGGACAUUUACCAAUCAAAUGCAAACUUCCUACAGUGAGCCUAGACUUCUAAUCCUCACUGAUCCCAGAACUGACCAUCAGCCAAUCAAGGAAGCCGCUCUUGGGAAUAUCCCCACAAUUGCUUUCUGUGACACUGAUUCUCCAAUGCGCUAUGUUGAUAUUGGUAUCCCAGCAAACAACAAGGGGAAGCACAGCAUCGGAGUUCUGUUCUGGAUCUUGGCUAGGAUGGUUCUGCAGAUGCGCGGCAGUGUUGCGCCUGGUCACAAAUGGGAAGUGAUGGUCGAUCUUUUCUUCUACAGGGAUGAAAAAGAGAACAAGGAAAAAGAGGAGGAAGAUGCCUCCGCUGCUCAAGAAUACAAUGACUAUGGUACUGCUCCUUAUGGUAGUGACUGGUCAACUGGCCAAAUCGCGGAUUCCCAAUGGACUAAUGAGCAACCCAGUGCAGCUCCUGCUGGGGACUGGGCAUCAGCACCCGAUGGAUGGGGCGAAGCUGCUGCCCCAGCCCCAGCCGCCGUGCCUCAUGGCGGAGUUGUGGUUGCCGCCGAAAGUGCUUGGCCGCAGUAAUCUCUCGUCUCUUCAAAAGCUUGCAAUAGUUAUUCAACAAUCUUAGUAGAGAGAGAGCAUUGAUUGUUCUUGCAAGGAAUUUUUGAAUGGUCUUUUAUCUUCCGCUCGUCCGUUUUUGGAUUUCUGUGUUAUGACUGGUUGCGUUUUGUGAGCCUUCAUCAACAAUUUGUUUUUUUACCUACUGUUUGACUGAUAAAUAUAUAUAUAUAUAUAUAUAUAUAUACACACACACACACACACACAUAUAUAGAUAUAUAGAUAUAUAUAUAUAUAUUCUUGGAAUGAUUUCCAAGGUUUAUAUCUACUUAUGUGUAUAUUAACUUUAUGGAUUUGAUGUAUUUUGAUCUCAACAUAUAGAUGACAUAUAUAUGUAUCGCAUAUACAUAUUGGAGAUAGUUUCAUCAUAUGGAUUAACAUAUAUGUUCAUGUAUGUAUGUGAUGAAUGAUUCGACAAGUCUAACGCAAAGGGUACAGACAUGGAAAUCAUCGGCCGAAACCUUACGGAUGAGCGGGAGUGGAAACAACAUCGAAAUUCACCAACUUUGUUAUUCUCGUCACAAUUGGACAGCCUACUGUAUUUUGGGCAUAUCUCCAUCCUUUCUUCACGAAAUUGCAAACCGUUUGAUUCUGUAGAUUCUUAAGAUGUAAGGCUAUAACUUUCGUAUAGAAAGUAUUUCGUUUUAACAGAUGUAAGAUAGCGUAAAUUGGACCUGAAGUCAAGAGAAAGUUGCUGUCCAGAAUUUGAAUACUCCGGUGAACAACGGUUCUGACGAUUAACUCAUUAACUUCAAUAUUUCAACACCAAAACUUCUCUACGAUACCUUCCGGAUGUUCCUAAUAAUCGUUAGAGAGUUUAUGGUAAGUAUUUGGAAUGAAACAAUAUGAACUUGGUGAAGAUAUAUGGUCCAACCCGAGGAGCUCGCCACCACUAGCGCAGUCCCGUUAUUUUGGCCAUACCUCCUUCAUUACUUAACGAAAUCGCGAGCCGUUUGUUGGGCUGGAU